UUGCCGACUGAAUCCCUCUCACCCUUCACUUUCCUCUGAAAAGUUCUUUGAUUUCGACCUCUCUCGAUACCCCCACCCUUCCGUCCUCUCAAAUUCUCAGACUUAAAUCAAAAUGGUCAAGGAAACCAAGUACUACGACACCCUCGGGGUCGCCCCCACGGCCACUGAGGCCCAACUAAAGACUGCCUACAAGAAGGGUGCUUUGAAGUAUCACCCUGACAAGAACACCAACAACCCCGAAGCUGCCGAGAAGUUCAAGGAGUUGUCCCACGCUUACGAGGUUCUGUCCGACCCCCAGAAGCGUUCCCUCUACGACCAGCUCGGUGAGGAGGGUCUCGAGCACGGCGGUGCCGGCGGUGGUAUGGGUGCUGAGGAUCUGUUCGCCCAGUUCUUCGGCGGCGGCGGCGGUGGUUUCGGAGGCAUGUUCGGCGGCGGCAUGCGCGACCAGGGCCCCAAGAAAGCCCGCACCAUCCACCACGUUCACAAGGUCAACCUGGAGGACAUCUACCGCGGUAAGGUGUCGAAGCUGGCGCUGCAGAAGUCCGUCAUCUGCGCGGGCUGUGACGGUCGCGGUGGUAAGGAGGGUGCUGUCAAGUCCUGCACGGGCUGUAACGGUAGCGGUAUGAAGACGAUGAUGCGCCAGAUGGGUCCCAUGAUCCAGCGCUUCCAGACCGUCUGCCCCGACUGUAACGGCGAAGGCGAGAUCGUCCGCGAUAAGGAUCGCUGCAAGAAGUGUAACGGCAAGAAGACCGUGGUCGAGCGCAAGGUCCUCCACGUCCACGUCGACAAGGGUGUCAAGAACGGCCAGAAGAUCGAGUUCCGCGGUGAGGGUGACCAGAUGCCCGGCGUUAUGCCCGGUGAUGUUGUCUUCGAGAUCGAGCAGAAGCCCCACCCCCGCUUCCAGCGCAAGGACGACGACCUCUUCUACCAGGCUGAGAUCGAUCUGCUCACCGCUCUCGCCGGUGGCACCAUCAACAUUGAGCACUUGGAUGAGCGCUGGUUGACGGUCAACAUCGCCCCUGGCGAGGUUAUCACUCCUGGUGCUAUCAAGGUCAUCAAGGGCCAGGGUAUGCCUUCCUACCGCCACCACGACUUCGGCAACCUCUACAUCCAGUUCGACGUCAAGUUCCCUGAGAAGGACCAGCUCAAGAACCUCGAGUUGCUCGAGCAGGUUCUGCCUCCUCGUUUGGAGCAGGCCAAGCCCGCAGCCGAUGCCAUGGUUGAGGACUUCGAGCUUGAAGACAUCGACGGCAGCGAUUACUCCCAGGCCCGUGCCCAUGGAGCUGCCUCCAUGGACGAGGAUGACGAUGAUGUUCCUCCUGGUGCUGAGCGCGUGCAGUGCGCCUCUCAGUAAACCGUCUGGGGAGAUGGACAGUAGUAGAUGCAUGAUGAUGAUGCGCUGGGGCUUUCUGAGAUUCGCUUAUGAUACCAUGUGGGGGGUUUCUGCCCUGGUGCUGUUGCUCGGUUCUGUUUUUGUGUUU